AUGGUGAGCGAGGUGAUCGCUCACGUAGUCAGUCGAGUUGAAAUCGGUAAGAAAGAUCGUUUGUGGUACGGAGUUAACCAAAUUAGCGCCCAAGAAGUGGUCGUUAGCUUUGAACUUGAGCGCGAAAAAAAGCGCACCAGUCGUACUUACCGCCUGCUAGUCAUUUUUGCCUUGGUAGUCGUGCUACUCAAAGCUGGCUUAGGGAUUAGCGUCCAAGUACUACGCAAAACUUGGCGCGACAGUUUUUUGCUCAGUUUUAUCCCUAAUCUUUGUGAGGCGUUGGCGGUAACUGUUUUGAGCCACUUUUUGAUCAAAUUACCGUGGCUUGAAUCCGUGAUGCUCGGUUUCAUUAUUUCGGCCGUGUCUCCAGCCGUGGUCGUUCCUUCCAUGCUCAGAAUUGAAAAAGAGGGUUAUGGCACCAAGCGCCACGUCAGCCAAAUAGUUUUAACCGGAGCUAGUUUAGACGACAUCGUUAGCAUUACCGUCUUUGGACUGAUGCUGGCGUGCAGUUUAGGGGUAAUGAUUUCGUUAAUUAAAUCGCCCUUGAACCAAAAAGAGCGGGUUUUUUGCGUGCUGGCUUACCUACCAAAAGCGACUGUACAAGCCGCUCUAGGCGCGGUGCCACUGGCGUUAGUAAGUAACUCGGGUAACUUAGUUUUAAUCGCCUACGCGACAACAAUUUUGUCUUACGCAGUUUUUGCGAUUCUAAUUACCGCUCCGCUCGGUUUAGUGCUGGUUGAAAAAACUUACCGACAACUACUGGAAGUUGCUUAA